AUGGCAUCAAAUCUUUCAGCUGGUGGUUGGAGAGUUAAAAUGGUCUCUCUUCCUGCGUCUAUUACCUUCUUUCAGCUAGCUAAAAUAUUAAGUCUGCCGACGUCUCGUAUUUUCGUUCCAAAAGUCAAAAAUAACGAGAUUCCUUAUGCAUGGAUUAAUGGUUUUGCCAAUGAAGAAGAAGCCAACACAUUUGCAACACAAUGGUCAGGUUUAUCAAUUUCAGGCAAAACAAUCCAAUGUGUCACAGCUGCUCCGAGAACUAACGCAAGAGAUACACUAAAUUCACCUCGUGAAUCAUUAGCGUUUGGCAUUAAAACAUUACCGGAUAAUAAACUUGGAGUACGUUCUAAUAGGAAAGAGAAAGAAGAACGAGAGAAUUAUAAUCCAUCCACUACGACUAUACCUCUUCUGACUACUAUUACAAGUGAAAUGCUCAAUAUUACAAUAGAUGAUGAUGACACUAAAAAGAAAUCAAUGAAGCUACCACCACAUUAUUCACCUAAAAACCCAAAUUCGCCGAAACAAGCUGACAAAUCAGGCCAACAGUUUCAGCAAGCGGAGACAUCAGGUAAAGUAUUAUAUACUAGCAAUCAGUUAGCUUUAUUUCUAUGCUUAGAUUUAAACAAUCAAUUAUUAAAUUUAUUUCGGAUGAUGUAUCGCUCCGAGAAUUUUUCCAUAAUUUGUGUUCAUCAUAAUCCAUAUAUUUUUUAA